AUAGGUCGAAUUACUUGCAGCGUCCUUGCGUAAUGCAAUGCAACGUGCAUUAGCAAAGAAGGCAAAGUUUAUAAAACAAUGUGAACAUAACAAUUUCAUGAAUUUCUUUUCUUUGUACGAGAAAGAGCAAUCAAGAUGGUCGUCGGAUUUUUCUUUAAGAGGGUUAUCCCAACAGCGUUUUUAUAUUACGGAGCAGUUCAGAUGUAUUUAGUGUACCACUUGUACACUAGCGAAUCCAUGAUUCGUGCUCCAAGCUCCCCAGCCAUCGAACCAACCGAAUCUAGAAAGAAGCUUGUUGAGAACCUUUUAGCCAUUUGCCAAUCCAGAGCAACGAAACAGACAUUUGACACCUUUACUAACGAUGUUCAGUUUGAAGAUCACAGUUUUUACGUCGAGGGGCUGGAAUUGAUCAAAAACACUGCGUAUUUUUUCAGGAAUAACGUAAAGGUAGAGACGCUCGAUAUGAAAGAGCAUCAUUUCCAAGACCAAUUCAUCUUGGAGCUGAAGCAAAAGUACACAAUGGGUUAUUUGAAAAUGAAUUUUCCAUCGGUUGUUUAUGUGGAACUUGAGGGGAAAGGACGAGAUGAGAAAGUGAAGAAGUUUCGCGAUGAAUGGUACGGCAAGACCCUGAUAACACCGGAGAACACCCCCUUUGCCUCCACUGGGGUAUCUGCGCACUUCUUCAGACGAAUACAUGGACGAUUGCUCAAUAUCUUAAAUUUUGUGCCUCCAAAAGAAUAAAGGUGUAGUUCCCCAAAGGGUUGCUUGUUCAUUGGGGUUGACUGCCCAUCAUGAUCUGCCAAUCAGGUUAUACAUCCAUCAACCAUUAAACUGGAACAGAUAUAAAACUCUUGCUUGCUCAACCAAAACACUUAUAACAGUAAUGAAUGUGUUGUAAUUGUUCCACGUUCAGAAAGCAAGGGUUUUUACUUUCAAUAUGGAUUCAGGGGUGCAUGGCUGAGGAUGGUAAGGAAUUAGGAUCACUUGGUAAGAUAUCCCAAUGGAGACCUUAACCUUUUUAUCAUACGCCUAAACUCACUGGCCAAUUUCAGCAGAAGAUUCUGUAGGUAUAGUUUAAUAAAUGAGCAGAAGUGUUUUAUCAGGUUUAAGACCACGAGGUGUAGCCAAGUGGUAAGACUUGAUAAAACAUGAUCUGCAAGUUUAUUGAACGACUUCAAAAAUUCAUGAAUAAUUGAUAAGCAUUUAGGGUUCUUAUUUGUGCCAUGCGCUUGUACUCUUGGUCCUUUAUAAAAAUUUCAAAAUAGCAAUAUAGCCUUGUUAUAGUAUAUAUAGUAAGCAUAACACAUAGCAGUAGACGCCAAAUUCAYUGUUUUCUUUUAUUUUACUUUGACUAUUACUCACUAAUUAUACAAUUUUGCUUCACUGAUUAAAUAAAAUGACUCUAUAUAUUUAGGUAUCAUUCCCAUUUAGAGGAGACAUGUUAUUACUCAACCAAGCAAACAAAAGCACCGUGUGACUGGAUUCUUCAUUAUUCAUUUCGUAAAGUUAUUAAUUUUCAAUCAACACUUUUUAUAAUAAAUAUUUUUGACAUUCAUUAUCUUCAACUUGUCACUCAUCUUUUGAUUCAGUAUAAUUUUGUACGUGCAAUAUUUGUAGAUUUUAUGAAUUAAAAAGUGUGUUCACUCACUCAUAAAUAUAA